AUGUCACCUGCUGGGACAGAUACCGGAUCCGUGGCGCCCACCGUAUCUCCUUCUCCUCGGUCUCGGUGGCUAGAGCAUUCCGUUCCACCACGACAAGCGGACGAGACCCCAACGCAUACCUGCUCCAUCAUUGAUCUGACGACCCCAGAUGGACGUGAACACACCACACCCAGGAAAUGUCUCGAGACAGUGCAUCCUGUUCACCGCCCCAGCCCCAAAAUCAUAGAUCUUCCUCAUGAAGUCCGCGGACCAUUACCUCGAGGAGGACAAACGAGAUUCACAACUCAUCUUACAAGAACAUUGGAGACACUGGUGACGCAUCUCCCUCUUUCUAAACACUUUCGACCCACUUAUGUCUUGCGAGAUGUUAACGUGUUGGAGCGAGGCUACUGGCAGUUCUUGGUGAAAAUCGACGAGGACAUGAUAUUCGGAGCAUCGAGAAGUUCGCCGAGGAAAGACCGGAGAUUAAGAACGCCUUCCGAACAACCUGGAACCGAAAACUCCUUUGGACGAUCAAAAGAGCUUGGGCAAACAAGUGACACCAGAAUACCAACACCAACCACUACUCGGUGCGAUGCUUCACUGUGGACAGAGGAAGAGUUUAUCCGGUUCUGGCAGGAUGCCGCUCAAUUUAUCCACGAAGGCAAAGCUGGCUGGGGAACACGAUUGAUCAAAGAAUGGGAUGGCGAUAACGUUUGGAAAAUCCGAUUAUUUACUUGGGCAGAAUUACUGGGACACAUUUGGCUCGCUCUUUACGUCUUUUCGGACAAGCUGAUUGGAAUGACACCUAUGGUCUGGAUAUCAGGGAACGGGGAGGUGGUUGUCAAGAUUUCUGGAGGGAAGUAUGGACACGGUGGACUGAGUACAUGGACGAGAAAAGGGCCGGAGGGCGAACAAGGGAUAUGGGGGAUUCACCCACGGCUAGACGUGAGGAGAUGGGAUACAUAA